AUGCAUUUCAAACACCGCGUCACGCCCGAGAACACCUCAACCUUCGUCCAAAAGCUAGUCGAGAGCAGCCCUAUCCCCGCCAGUUCCAACCAAGCGAAGCUCGUCGGCCAAGGUGCAGGGUUCCUCCACCGUAAGCUAUCUGAGAAGGCAAAGCAUCACUCCGAGAGCUGGCAAGCGAAGAUCGAAGAAACGGCAAAGAGACAUGUGGAGAAGCAUGUCCCUUAUCCUCAUUCUCCAGCUUCGACGACGGAGAUGCUUGCUGCUUCCUCUGCGGCUGCGGGUUUUGCGCAUCAUGCGAGCACGUUUCCGAUCGAAAAGGAUGAUCAGCAUGUGUACAACGCUCCAACAUCUCGCAAAGAGUCAUCCGAAGAUCAAUCACAGGCUGCCUUCUCAGAGAAUGACCAACCGAACGCCAACUUGGGUCCUCAAGCAAGUGGUGUCGUCACGGCGAAUGAAGCUCAGGAUGGCCACAAUUCACGGACCGUUGCCGGAGAACUAGCCGCUGAAUCACUGGCCUUUGUCCCCCACGGCGACUCACGCGCCUCCAACUUUGCUCCUCAAACAAACCACGCAAACAAUCUUCCUCCAGUGCAGGCUCCCCAGAAUCCAACUGCUUAUCGCAAGGAUCACCUCCGCCCAUUAUUCUCCAAUCCUGCCACCAGCUUGCCAUCUCAGCUUCAAAUCCGCCCUAAUACCUCCACACCACCUCCUCAACACCCCCCACCUCCGUAUCCAGCACCGAAUACAUCAACCAACUCCUUCCCUCCCUGCAUUGCCGAAGUAACAGUUAAAACUAUGCCUCAAAUCAGAGAUAUCAUCCGCCAGCUAGACGCAGAGGGUUUCUUCAACCCGAAUAAUAUCGCGUUCUUGCUGUCGCAGUUGGAGAUGAUGUUGAAGAAGCAGGGCAUGAUUUCCAUGGCGGGUGGGAGGGUGGGAGUGACUGUUCCUGCUUGUAUGCCUGAUGAUCUGGCUUUUGGCGGCGGGAAGGUGGAGGGUGAAAGUAACAAGGAGGCUGACGAUGAGGAUGCGGGUUAUGGCGAAGGUGAGGAUGCGGAGGGUAGUGAAGCCGAGGGUGAGCGUGAAGAAGGCGAAUAUGGUGAUGACUAUAAUGAGGCUUGCCCUGAGGGCGAAGCUGCUUAUGGUGCUGGAAAUGUUCAGGGUGCGAUGACCUUCAAAGCACCGGAGUGGUUCACGGAGUCACGCCCCCGUUACUCCAAGGGAUGCUGGGAUACCGAACAUUGGCUAUACCGAAUAGGCGAGCUCUGUACACGAGAUGGAGUGUUAGAAUGUGCCGGGGCCAGUGCGUUUUUACAAAGCCCACUCCUUGACUCCGUUCUCAAGUUUCGAGACGCCGCUAGUACGCGGGAUUCAACCCCAAAUCCCCGGUACCCCGAGGAAGUGGAGCAAGUUUGCGAGUCCAACAUUCUUAUUGGCUCCUCCACGUCUCGAUACCAGAAUCGCCGAAGGAAGCGUAUCCGUAUACUGCGCCGCACGCAACCUUCCCAAACGAGGAUCUCAACCGUUGAUCUAUAUCCCCGCUCAGGCUCUAGCAGAGACGAUUAG